AUGGGCAGAUUACAGACUCUUAUCUGGAAUACUGAGGAAGAAGACAGAGAUGAGGCUGCCAUAGGUGGAAAGAAGAUUUUAAAUCGGACGUUUCUUUCACUCUCCCAAAUUACUGCUUUGGCAGAACAAAAUGUGGAAGGAGUUCAAAAAAAGCUGGAAGAAUUUCUGAAUUUUAAACAGUUAAAGACAUCUUUCAAACAAGCUGUUUUGCUAGAUUAUUAUACUGCGGGAUUUUGCUGGGCUAAGGAAAUGAAUUUCAGUCUUGUGCAGCUUUCAGGAUUCAUGGACCUAUUACACUUCCUUUUGGAGAACCUUAGUGACAGGCAUAUGACCUUAGUAGAAAAUUUAAAAGAACUUGGAAAAGCAAUGGCUGGAAUAGGAGGAACUGAUUCAGAAGGAAGUGGUUACUUAAAUUUCUUCAGCAUCGAGCAAGCCAAAUCAAUCGUCGAUUACUUGGCUGUCAGCUUAUUUAAACACUAUAAACUAUAUGAAUAUCUCUUCCACAGCCAUAGAGAAGAACUUGUGAUGAGUAAUGAGGAAUCUGAAAGGGACCUGAAAGAGCCCUGUCCAGAGGCAGAGUCCUUCAAGGAAGAUGAUGUGGCUUAUGUCACUGCUGAAGAUCAGAAAUCCACAGUGGAUGAAAUCCCAAAUGAAAUUAUAGGCAACCUUGAGGCAGAGAUAAAUGGAAAGCCGCAAAUGCAAGAAGGAGCUUACACAGAAAAAAUAGAGUCCUAAAUAGCCAGAUAAGAGAGAUGAUGUUGAAUUUUACACAAAUUGGACAUUAGGGGAUGGCUUGCACAGAAGACUGGCUCCCUGCCUGAAUGUAAUUAUUUUUUUAUAAAGGAAAAUGGUUCUGUUAACAUUAACCUAGAAGCAGUUCAUCCCAGUUCCUCAAAUUCGCUGUGUCCUGACAGUGUUAUUUAGUUUAGACUUAAGAAGAAGAUUGUAAACAAAAGGAUAUG